AUGUUCUUUGCAUUCAUCAGAUACGAAGAUGUCAAAGAUAAAGAGUCACUUGUGAAAUCUCUUAAUCAAGUUAGAUGCAGAAACUGUAUAGCAAAGGUAAACAUUGCAAAGUAUGUGAAAAGGCCGCCUAGACACACUACAAAAUCCAAUCAACUCAAUCGAACGUUGAUUCCAAACACGAAAUGGAACAAUAUUUGUAAAGGUAAAUCCUUCACUGAUGUAGUCUCAGGGAACAACAUGGAAUAUGACACUCCCCUCCCCCUGCUGUUGAAAUCCCAAUGGUUCUUCUAA